AACUCGGCCGGAGUGGCGGGCGGGCGGCUUGCGAGGAAUCCCGGCCGCGGAGAAGGAGGUCUGGGGCGCCUGGCCCAACGCCGCCACUGGCCAGCCGGGGGACCCGUCGAGGCUCUUCUUCCGCCCGCGGCCGCAGGGACUUUCCCCCGGACCGACCGGCCGGCCGCUGCUGCUGCUGCUGCUGCUGGACGGGGCCGUGCGAUCGGGCCUUCCGUACCAUGCCCGCCGCCCCUUUGCUGACGCCUGGAGGGGUCGUCUCCCGCCCGUCCCGCCUGGAUCUAAUGGCUCGCCGGAGGCUCUAGGAGCGCCGGCCUGCUCGCUCGGCUGGAGGCCGCCCCUGGAAGGAGCCGCGUUCUCGGAGCCAGGCGCCCGUCAGGCCGGGCCGGGCGCGGGAGGAUGGGGAGCAAGGCCCUGCCGGCGCCGAUCCCGCUGCACCCGUCGCUGCAGCUGACCAACUACUCGCUCCUGCAGGCCGUCAACACGUUCCCGGCCGCCGUGGACCACCUGCAGGGCCUCUACGGCCUGAGCGCCGUGCACACCAUGCACAUGAACCACUGGACGCUGGGCUGCUACGCCGCCGCCGCCGCUGCCGCCACGGCGGGCGGGGGGGCGACGGUGCCGUCGGAGCUGGGCCGCUGCUCGGCGCUGAGCGAGAUGGCGGCGGCGCAGGGCCUGGCGGAGCGCUUCGCCUUCCCGGCGCUGCCCUUCGCCGCCACGGCGCACCUCUUCCACCCCAAGCAGGCCGCCGCCAUCGCCCACGUGCUGCCGGUGCUGCGCAAGGACCGCCCGCGCUUCGACUUCGCCAACCUGGCCGCCGCCGCCACGCAGGACGACCCGCCCAAGGCCCUCCACCAGGGGGCGGCCGCGCAGGCGCACGGCGAGCUGGCCAAGCUGGGGGGCCCCCUCUCGGCGGCGCUGGGCAAGCUGUCCCCGGACCGGAAGGCGGCGCGCGGCAGGCUGCCCUCCAAGACCAAGAAGGAGUUCAUCUGCAAGUUCUGCGGCCGCCACUUCACCAAGUCCUACAACCUGCUCAUCCACGAGCGCACCCACACCGACGAGCGGCCCUACACCUGCGACAUCUGCCACAAGGCCUUCCGGAGGCAGGACCACCUGCGCGACCACAGGUAUAUCCAUUCCAAAGAAAAACCGUUCAAAUGUCAGGAAUGUGGGAAAGGAUUUUGCCAGUCCAGGACUCUAGCAGUUCAUAAAACGUUACACAUGCAGGAAUCUCCACACAAAUGCCCUACAUGUGGAAGAACCUUUAAUCAAAGAAGUAACCUGAAAACUCACCUUCUCACCCAUACAGACAUCAAGCCCUACAACUGUGAGCAGUGUGGCAAAGUGUUCAGGAGAAACUGUGAUCUGCGGAGGCACAGUCUAACUCACACACCGCGGCAGGACUUCUAGAGCGGCCGAGAAUCUCCACAGGGAGCUUAACUCUGGCUACGGGACUUGACUGUAGACAAACCUUUAAAGCCCGUGUGAUGGGUGCAGAUCGGGUAGGGGCCUGAUCCUUCGGCCAGAUGCUCCAGGGGAAAGUGAGGAGAGGAGGACGCUGGUCCCACCUUUCUCCCCGCUCCCUGAGCCCAGGCCGAUCUCUUGUAGAUAACAUUACAGCUCAUUUUAGAGCUCUGUACAGAACUUGGUAUGUGUGUCUUGUGUUUGUUUCCUACUUCCUUGCCAAAUGCACGUUGGUAACAACAACAGUGACAGCGAAAUCUGGGAGUGAAAAUGUCUUUUAAAAAGUGUACUUCAAAAUAAAAAGAAUCUUUCCCCUCCA